AUGGCUAAUAUUCCCUACCACGGAAUCAUCAUUCAUGAAGACAUUGAGUGUAAUUUGAACCUUGUGAUGUCUAAGCAUCUCAGCACCGCGGUGAAGGUUGAGUUCCAUCUCGUUGGCGAGGGCGAGGGUGAUUUCUUGCAUGUGAAAUGGUUUAACGGAGAAGGUCAGGUCUGUGAAAACUACUUCAACGAUUUUGAAAACCGAUGGCUACGCAGCCAAUUCAUGACGGCUUUGACGGCUUUGUUUCACUUUCCUUUCGAGGUUAUUAACCACGACAUGGAUGAUGUUGGCGGCGGCGGUGCCGAUGGCGAUGACGAUGGCGGUGACGAUGAUACCGAUGAUGAUACGAUCGAUUUCUCCGAUGGUGCGAUGAAUUUGGAUGAUAUCGAUACCGAUGAUGCUGAUACCGAUGAAGCCGAGUGA